AUGCCGCGAAAACGGUGGAUCGACAAAAAUUCCUCCACAACAUUUCAACUUGUGAACCGGCCUCAAAAUGACCCGAAGAUCCACGAUGCUUCUUCCAGCUCCAUGCUCUUCCAAGAGCUUGCUCCUUCACAGGCCCAUAAGAUCAAAAACCGCAAUGACCUAGAAGCAGAGCUUUUCGGCCCAACCGAAAGCAGUAUACUUUCAGGCGUUAGAGACAAUGAAGGAGAGGCUGCAGAGCAUGGGAUUUUUUAUGACGAUACCGAAUAUGAUUAUAUGCAACAUAUACGAGAUCUCAAUGCUGGAAGCGGUAAUGGAGAAAGUUACUUUGUCGAGGCUGCAACCAAAAAAAAGGAUGGGAGAGGGAAGGGGAAAAUGAGUUUGGAGGAUGCACUGAGAGAGACAUCUUUACAGGAAGAACGGAGCGAAAGCGUAGCCAGUCAGAGUGGAGGAUCCCAGCUUUUGGAUGAUGAGUUGCUGCCGUCCAAGGACUUGAGGAGGAGCACAUACCAGGAUCAGCAGGACGUGCCAGAUGCGUUGGCCGGCUUCCAGCCAGACAUGGAUCCCCGGUUACGGGAGGUACUGGAAGCUUUGGAAGACGAGGCGUACGUUGAUGAUGAGGAAGAUUUCUUCGGAGAGAUAGCGAAGGACGGCAGAGAAGUCAGCUUGGAGGAAUUUGAGGAGGCCGGCUUCGAGGACGCAGGCGAUGAAGCUGGUUGGGAGACAGAUGAAACGGAGAAGCCGAGCAAAGAGUACGAGACCGGAGACAUGCCUCCACCACCCGUCCCGCAAAGUACAGAUACGAUGAUGGAAGAUGGACCUGACCAUGGUGAUGGCGACUGGAUGAAGGAAUUCAGUAAAUUCAAGCAAGCUGACAAAGCUGCCAAAAAGGCGCAGCUGCAACCCUCCAAUGCUGAACUGCAGUCCUCGAUCAUGACGGGAACCUCAAUGACUGGCGGUCGACGAAAGAAAAGGAAAGGGGCAAUGACUUCUAGCACUGGUUAUUCAAUGACAAGCUCUUCCAUUUUUCGAACAGAAGGCCAGACUCUGCUCGACGCACGUUUCGACAAGAUCGAAGAAGCAUACGCCGAGGACGGAAUGGACAUGGACGAUGGUGGAGCAUCCAUCAUGACGGGGAGUUCAAUGGCUUCUAGUCAAGCACCAUCUCUGGUUCAGAGGUCAGAUUUCGACAGCAUCAUGGAUGACUUCCUGGGUGGCUAUUCCAUGAGCGGGAAGAAGAGGGUCAAGAAGGGUGGGUAUCAGAGUGGCAUGGAACAGCUUGAUGAAGUACGAAAAGGACUAGGCCCGGCAAGAGUCAAGCCGCAGAAGGCUUGA